UACUGCGUGCUUUGGUUUUCCUGCUACACAGGGGCUGCUGUUAGCAUUAGCCUGACGGUGACACUCAAGUCUAUGGAUUCAUUUAAUAUACUUCAUUUACACUGAACACGCAAAUGUGUGGAUUAAUUUUAUAUUUUCCUUUUACAUCAUAGACUGAAGUCCAUGGAUUCAUAUGAUCAAAAGCUUCCUUAAGGUUCCGCUCGUCCUUCACUGCUAGCUCUUUCUCGCGUUUCACAGAUACAAAUGGACAGAAAUGCCAGAAAAAUUCGGAAUCAGGACCUAAAUCCAUGCAUUGAAGAAAGUGAUGCCUCUCGAAAGUGUUUGGAGGUUAGCAACUAUGAUAAGAAUAUGUGCACGGCCUACUUCCAGAGGUACAAGAAUUGUAGAAAAUAUUGGCAUAACAUCAUGUUGCAGAGGAGGAGAGAGGGUGUGAGACCUGACAUGCCAACUGCUCCAGAAAGGCAGGACAUUCUCUCUGCUCAUGGAGGAAAACCAUAUUGACUUAACACAAUGCUACACGUGUGUAUCUUAUGUCAACGGUCAUUGUUAGUGACGUUUGUGUGACAUCUGUCUUGUGAAGAUUAAAGAAGAUCCAGCAAAUGCUUUAGAAAUUGUGCCUUUUAUUCCUUGCAAAGUUUAGAUGACUUUUGUCGAACUUUCGGGGGUAAAUGUUUUGUGUUUGACUAAAUCUGAGUGUCCUUGACUUUCACUUUUCUACCAGUCACUAAUUUCAUGUCAAUUUAUGAAACAUUUUAAAGGAAUCUGUGGCAAUAUGGUUCAGAUAUUGUUAUGACUAGAAUGGUGUGUAGAUACUUUUUGGAUUAAAAUGUCAUUUUGCGGAAUAGUGUAGCUGCUGAAAUGACGUGUCUGAAUUGUGUAGAAAAAUGUCACACAAAUUUGACCGUAAAGUGGAAAAGACAUUUAUUGGCGUUGACAUGGUCAGUGCAAUUUUUCAAUCAAAACUGAAAGAACACAUACACUUAGCAAGAAAGAUUACGUGCCCAUUAUUUGCAGGCCACAAAUAAUAAUGUGGUGAACCAGAUCUGUCCACCGGGCCAUGAGUUUGACAUUUUUCAAGUUGAGCAUCCGAUCCAGAUGUAAAUACCUGGAAAUAAAAAGAUGAAAUGUU